UCCUGCAAAAAGAAGGUCACUGUCAAAAGGUAAACAAGGAAAAGGGCUAAAAAAUGUUCCACAAAUUCACUGCAGUCGCCCGUGUCAGCCGUUGUUUGGUUCAGUUGAACCAGGUGAGGUGUACAUCAACCUUCAAAGACACCUUUUCAAUAGUUUACAAGAAUUAUGGUGAUCCAGUUGUUGUGUUACAGAAGGAGAAACUAGAGCUCCCAAAAGUUCUGCAACCAGAGCAAGUGCUGGUGAGGUUCUUGGCUGCUCCUAUCAACCCUGCUGACCUCACCAUGAUUGAAGGCAAAUAUCCGAUCAAGCCAGCUUUGCCAGCAGUUGGGGGAAAUGAGGGUGUGGCUACGGUGGUGGCGACGGGAGGUUCUGUCAAAGGAAUCAUCCCAGGUGACUGGGUUAUUCCAGCAGGCUCAGGCUUCGGAACGUGGAGGACACAUGCAGUUUGCAAACCUCAUGAACUUCGUAAAAUCGACAAUGACAUUCCUGUCGUUCGAGCUGCAACGAUGGCUUGUAAUCCAUGCACGGCAUACAGGAUGCUCCAUGACUUUGUAAUGUUAAAGCCGGGAGAUACCGUGAUUCAGAAUGCAGCUAACAGCGCUGUUGGUCAGGCUGUCAUUCAGAUUGCUGCUAAGCUCGGGCUGAAAACUGUGAACAUUAUUCGUGAUCGAGAGAAUAGGAAGCUACUGAUUGAACUGCUGAAAGACCUUGGUGCUACAAUGGUGUUCACUGAAGAAGAACUCCGCAAACCUGAGGCUAAAGAAGCUUGGAAGAUUUUACCAAAACCUAGGUUGGCACUGAAUGGUGUUGGAGGAAAAAGUGCAACAGAAAUUGCUCGCCAUAUUGAGAAGGGAGGAAUAAUGGUAACCUAUGGUGGAAUGUCACGUGAACCUGUAACUAUGCCAACUGGUUCAUUUAUCUUUAAUGACCUACAGCUGCGUGGUUUUUGGAUGACAGAGUGGAAUCGCAAGAAUCUUCAAACAAAGGAGUCUUCAGAUAUGUUGAGCUAUAUCUGUAAUAUGAUUCGCCACGGUGAACUUCAACAACCUCUAUGUGAAGUGACCCAUAUGCACAAUUUCAAAGAUGCCAUAGACAAUUCAGUUCGGCCAUUCAAGCCCAAGAAAGUCAUUAUGUUGAUGCAGGAGGAGGUUGACCUUCCGUCUGAUAGAUUUGAGGGAAGGAAAGUGUGAAGACGAUUGAAGACUAGAUUUGUAGCCAAGCAUUUCUGUUACUAACUGCAAAUUAAGUUGUGCUGCUGUCAAGAAGCUUUUAUGUAUAUUGAUACUCAGUGCUAUAGCCAUGACAGUGCCUUAUUAAAAUCUGAUUAGGAUACAUGUAUCAGAUAUAAACUGAUGUUAAGACUGCUCUUGAAGUAGGAGAUUAAAUUACUACAUAUGUGCAAUAUCAUUUCAAGCUUUUUUUCUUAUGUUGCAUAUAAACUAGACAUGGACUGGAGUGAGCUAUUUUUAGUACAACAAAUUAGAUGGCCCAAUUACCAUCAACCAUUAAAUGUGUUUUGCGUUGAUAGUUAAAAAUCAUAAGAGACAUGAUGUUAUAGCCUUUGAUGAUGAUUAAUUGGCCCAGCAAAUCAUUGUAAUAAUUGCUUCCGUUGUCAUAAGCAUUAUGGAGUGUGAUGUUAAUGUCUUGUAUAGUUAACUUGGGAUAGAACUGGGUUUGAUUGAGAGAAAGUUAAGAGUUUAAAAAAGUUUAUUUACUGAAGGUCACAACAUAAUUCAGUCUUUUGAGGGUUGUGAAUGAUGGCGUGGGAAACUUCUGAAGUCAAUUGAGGCUCUUUGUGUGGACCCCUGGGUCUGCAAGAACUUCAGGACCUUGAAUAUUGUCUGGUUGAAUUCUCUGUGCUAAUUUGCUUUUAUAGGAAUAAACUUUAUAUCAAAUCAAGCUUCAA